GAAGAGGCGCUGGCUUCCACCACAUGUUCUCCCUUUGUUCGACCAGCAAGCUUCUCCUACCGCUGGCCUUGUGUGUGCGUGGAUCCUUCGGUUUGCGUGUUCUCUUGACGCCCGUAUCUCGAAGAAUAGCAGGAGAAGGAGCUGUCAGAGGGCAGGCACCGUUCCGGAUUGGCACCACAGCAAUCAUGAGCUACGGCGGCGGCGGCGGCGGCGGCGGUGGCGGCGGGAGAGGAGAGUUUUACAAGAACAAGUACGGUGGUGGAGGGAGAGGAGGCGGCGGCGGGCGAGGGCGUGGUGGUGGAGGUGGAGGUGGAGGCGGGGGGCGCGGAGAGUAUUAUAAAAACAAGUACGGUGGGGGCGGCAGGGGUGGAGGGGGCGGCAGGGGAGGAGGGGGCGAUGCCUUCUCCGGCGGUGGCGGCGGUAGCGCUGACUUCAUGAUCUCGCGAAGCACCAACAGGAGCGGCUCGGCGCAGCAGCUGGUAGACUCCCUGCGGCGCAUGGACAACCGGCCGUACCCGGCCUACAAGGACACGGAAGGGUCCUGGACGUUCAACAGUCAGCAGGGUAUGCCGGACUUCAUGCUCUGCGUGGACAAGAUCCAGGCCGACCCGUUCGCCGCGCCGUCCCGUCUUCACGUGGUAGUGCCCGGGGAGGUGGCCGGCUUCCCAGCGGAGGCUUACUCGACCAAGGUCCGAAAGGUGGCGCUCUGUGACUUCCUAACCCGCCGCUUCUUGGAGGCCGCCAGGCAGGACGGCGCGGACCAGAAGGCCGGUGGCGGGGGUUGGGGAGGGGCCAAGGGCGGGGAGAUCACCAUUGACGAGCCGGGGCAGCACAUCUUGGAGAGGAGCAGCGUCGUGGUCCACGAAUCGGACGGAUCGGUCGAGGCCAGGUUUACCGUGGGGAUGCCCGCGAGAGGGAGGUCGAUAUGCGGGGGUUGGGCCGUGGAAAUCCUGGGUCAGACAGUGCCUGAGCUCAUCCGGAGGAGUCUCAUCUUCUCCAACCUGGAUGGUGAAGCCCUUAGGCAGCACGUGCUCUCUGCCGAGGACCAGGAAGCGCUUCGUGGGUCCCUUCGGGCUGGCGGCGUGGUGGGCUUCGUCAUCAACGGCGCCAUCCUGCCGAGAGAAAGCGGCAACAGCGACCGACCCAUGGACGCCACCAAGGCGAUCCCGUUCACCAGCCCACCCUCCCUGGAGAAGACGUUCACGCUGCCAAACAGGGGCACCGUGACGGGGAUGGGCAUACCCCCGGGGGUGACCCUCAUCGUCGGCGGAGGGUUCCACGGCAAGAGCACGAUAGAGGUCGCCCUUCAGGUGGGGUGCUACAACCAUAUCCCUGGAGACGGCCGGGAGUUCGUUUCCGUGGAGGCCAGCGCGGUCAAGGUGCGGGCGGAGGACGGUCGGUGCGUGAACUGCGUGGACAUCACCCCUUUUAUCGACAACCUGCCCUUCGGCAAGUCCACCGACCAGUUCACCACCCCGGACGCCUCGGGGUCUACGAGCCAGGCCACCAACAUCGUCGAGGCCCUCGAAGCGGGCUGCACGACUCUGCUGGUGGACGAGGACACGUGCGCCACCAACUUCAUGAUCAGGGAUGUCAGGAUGCAAAUGCUGGUGGCGAAGGAGAAGGAGCCCAUCACCCCGUUCAUCAGCCGGGUUCGCGCGCUGUACGAGACGAUGAGCGUGUCGUCCAUCCUGGUCAUCGGGGGCUGCGGUGACUACUUCGAGGUGGCCGACACAGUCAUCAUGAUGGACUGCUAUGUGCCCAAGGACGUGACCGCGGAGGCGAAGCGGAUCGCGGCGGACGAAACCGUCGGCGGCGGCGGCGGCGGCGGCGUGAAGCGGCACAAGACGUUCCACUUCGCCGGGGGCGCCAGGGUGCCCCAGGCCAGGACCUACGCGUCCCGCGGGAAGGUUGUGGCGAGGUCGAAGGACAAGAUUCAGUACGGCGACGUGGACAUCGACCUGGGCGGUGUAGAGCAGCUGGUCGAGACGAGCCAGACAAGGGCGGUGGCAGACGCGUUGGACAUGCUGGCAAGGUCUGCUAUGGCCAGGAAGCUCCCCGUGAAGGACUUGCUGGACUUCUUGGAAGCCGAGAUGGACGCUAAGGGCCUGGACGCCCUCAUGCCGGGCGCAUUCAUGGCAAAGUACGCCAGGCCGCGGCGAUUCGAGAAACGUACCAGAUAA